AUGCUCACCUUAUAUCGGAGACGCCUAGCAUGGACCGUUUCGGUCGUUGAAAUACCACCGAACAAUUUGAAACGUCAAUUAGUUCGGAAUCGUUUAUACGAUACCAUCUGUACAACACCGAACUGUAUUAUUUGUCCCACAGGUAGAUCAGGAGACUGCUUGAGAUCCGGGGUAAUCUACCUGAUUUCUUGCACGAACUGUGGCGACGAGUAUAUCGGUGAAACGGCACGACCGCUGUAUGCCCGCAUCAAAGAGCACGUGAGCGGCAAGGAUAGGUUACGAGGAUGGACACCUUUAGGUGCCCAUAGAACACAAAAACACGACGGAGCCGAUUUUGAAAUUAGGGUCCGAAUCUUAGCGCACGAAACUAAAACGUUGGCUCGAAAAUCGCUGGAGGCAUUUUGGAUCCAAGCCAAAAACCCUAAAAUGAACCGCAAGGGUGAACGUCUGUCGAUAACGCGGGAACUCGCGCCAUAUCUCGAAUGGUUUGUCCGAUCCGAAUGUGACAUUCGAACCAUUCGCCCUCGUGAUCGAUCAGUCAGCGGUCCAUGCUAG